UAGAGUGGAGCGGAUGUCUUGUCGGUCGUCGGAGCCGUCGAGCGUGUCGGAGCAACGUCUGGCGACGCGAUCGCGCUUAUCAGUCGCGGUGAGUCGACCGCGAUAACGCGCUCGCGAAACAUCGAGGUGAGUUCGUUGAUGCGCGAAUUUUCCGAAAGAAAAGGAAAUAAAAAAAAAAAAGAAAAGAAAGGAAAACACAAAUCGUCCGCGCCGCUCUCUCGCGCGCGCGUACACCUACCUGAUGCGCUCGCAGAUCGCGGCUCCGCGGAGAGGAGAUCGCGGAUACGUGAGAUCGAUUUUUGCACCAGGUGUUUGCCAUACGUGAUUCAUCCUCCUCGCCGCGGACUUUCCCGACGCGCGCGCGGGGAGAUGUGAGCUUCGACGUGUCCUCCCUCCGACGAAUUCGGGGCGAGCCGUCAUCCGCCUUUGAACGGGGCCACGUGGACCACGUCGGGAGGCAGGAAAAAAUAUGUGCCAGCAUGUCCGAGGACGACGCGCAGGAAGCAGCCACCGAGGAGAUCGAGAGACAGGGAUCUCUUUACGUAUUUCCGGGGGCAGGUCGCCCCAACUGCGCGACGACGUCAUCGUCGUCUUCGUCGUCGAUCUCGACGGCACCUCUCCAGCCGCCUCCUCUGCCGUUCCUCCACGGUGGUUCGACGACGGCGAGCACGACAAUGACGACCAGCGUCACGAUGACGACAAACACGUCGAAAAACAGCAACAGCAACGGCGACGAAGACGAGGAUGCAGUAGAAGAAGUCAGCUCUCCGGCGAGGAGGAAAGCCUUUCCAAAAACGCACGCGAGAUCGGCGAGCCACGGUGGUGCCUUGGCAGAUGGUACGACCGAAUGGCAGACCUACGGGUCCUUUCUGGGUCCAUUGACGACGGUGGGAAGUGCCACAUCCGCGGGUCGACCAUCGGCAUUAAAGAAGCCGGGCCAUCAGCGAGCCUUCAGUCAGGGUCAGGUGGCGGAUGUAACGCAGAGCCAGCCAGCCGUAACGGGACACCACCGUGUUGGCUCCAGAACAGAUUUUAUCCUACCACCAGGUCACAGGGAGGAUGGCAGACCGCCUACAGCCGGCAGAAUGCCUUCCUUUCGCGGACAUUCCCGUCAAGCGUCCAGAUCGGAGUCUAUCUAUACGAUAAGACGUAGUGUCGCGCCUCCAUGGUGGAGAAGACUAUGGGCUCAUUAUUUUGGUCCAUUGCCAGAAGAACCCCGUUUAAGAACAAUAGUCCCGAAUCAUUUAGUCCCCCCGAAGACUCCGAAGAGACAGCAUCCCAAUGGAGAUAGGAUGGACAAUAGGGUACGCACAACGAAGUACACGGCGCUGAGCUUCCUACCUCGUAACUUGCUAGAGCAGUUCCACCGUGUGGCCAAUCUGUACUUCAUUUUCAUCGUGAUGCUUAAUUGGGUGCCGGCUAUAAACGCAUUUGGCAAAGAGAUUGCGAUGAUCCCUGUAGUAUUCGUUUUAGGCGUUACGGCGCUUAAGGACUUCUUCGAAGAUCGCCGACGACUCGCCAGUGACCGGCGUGUGAACAAUUCCACCUGUCGUGUCUACGUUAGCGAGGGCGACAGAUACAUGAAGGUAGCGUGGAAGGAUGUCAAGGUGGGUGACCUGGUUCACCUUUCAAACAACGAACUGGUACCGGCCGAUCUCUUGCUUUUGCGAAGCAGUGAUCCUCAGGGAUUAGCUUACCUCGAUACAUGCAACCUCGAUGGCGAGUCGAAUUUGAAGCAGCGUCAAGUUGUCCGGGGUUUUCUCGAUUUACAGGAUACUUUCCAGCCUUCCAAGUUCCGAUCGGUGGUUGAAGUCGACCAACCAAGUACUAGAAUAUAUAGGUUUCAUGGCGCCGUGGUACAUCCAAACGGUGGCAGAGUGCCCGUAUCCACGGAAAAUCUUUUACUCAGGGAAUGCGUCUUAAAAAACACUGACUUCGUCGAGGGUAUAGUCAUAUACGCUGGUCAUGAGACCAAAGCGUUACUAAAUAACGGUGGUCCUAGGUACAAGCGUUCUCGUCUGGAGAGAUACAUGAACAGAGACGUGAAAUGGUGCGUGGUGAUAUUGAUGGCACUGUGUGUGAUCGGCGCUUUCGGUUGCCGAUUCUGGUUGUCCGCAUACACGGGUCUGUCGAUAGUGCCAUUUUUGCCGGUGCUGCAGGAGCCGAUUUACGAGAGCUUACUGACAUUCCUGACAUUCGUCAUAAUAUUUCAAGUGAUGAUACCGCUGAGUCUGUACGUGACGAUCGAGAUGGCUAAGGUGGGACAGGUGUACCACAUCGGCCACGACCCGGCCCUCCACGACACGGAAACCGGCCGUAAGGCGGAAUGCCGCGCGCUGAAUAUCACGGAGGAACUAGGCCAAGUUCAGUACGUCUUUUCCGACAAGACUGGCACUCUCACGGAGAACAAAAUGCUAUUUAGGAGAUGCGCAGUAGGUGGCCAAGAUUACUCCCACAUGGGCGACAACGAGAAUCUGCUUCCGUGCUCGCGGCUCAAGGAGGACCUGCUCAUAGGUACAUUUCGACAUCGCUUACAGGAGUUUCUUAUUGUCUUAGCCACGUGUAACACGGUUGUCGUAAAUUCUCAACCGCAUCACGAUAGUAUGAACUCUAGUGGAGUCAUCGAGGAACCUCAGAAAAACGGAAGUGGUCCUACGAGAAUAAUGGAAGCGAACGCGAGCGCAUUUCCGACCAUAAAUUCUCCACCGGUACCGCUAUCUCCGAGCAAUAGAGCUGUUCACACCUUAUCUUCAGUUUCACCAGUAAUUAACACGGCAAAUACAUUCGACGAUACUUCAAAAUUCCCGUUUAAAAUUUCCAGGCCAAAAUUGCUGAACGUAACAUCGAUACCGAGUCUGAGCAUCGGAUUGCUGGGACGGAAAUUUUCGCCAGAAGGACAGAAGGUUUCAGGACGCAGUCCUGACGCGAAAAACGGCGACGAAUUGCUACAGACUCCAGCGAUCUACGAGGCGGAGAGCCCAGACGAAUUGGCACUGGUUCACGCGGCACGUGCUUACGACAUCAAGCUAGUGAAACGGACGCCCCGCAGUGCGAUCAUAUCCUUCCCGGACAAAUCAACGAUCGCGUUCGAGAUACUUCACGUGCUACCGUUUGACUCAAACAGGAAAUGCAUGUCGGUGCUGCUCAAACAUCCUCAUACCGGCGAGAUAAUGCUGUACAGCAAAGGUGCCGACACGACGAUACUGCCGGCGCUUUCGUCGAGCGACGAGAACACCAUCGCCUCGGCGAGUAUCCGACAGUAUCUGCAAUCGUACGCGCGUCAAGGUCUACGUACAUUGGUGAUGGCGAAGAGAACACUAACGGCGCAGGAGUAUGAGACGUGGCGACAAAAACACAACGAGGUGGAAUUGGCAACGGAAAAUCGCGAGCAUCGCAUACGCGAUUCGUACGCGAUGUUGGAGUCGCACUUAACAUUAUUGGGUGCGACUGGUAUCGAGGAUAAACUCCAGGCCGGUGUACCUGAAACAAUGGCCGCUCUGGUCGCCGCCGGGAUCGUCGUGUGGGUUCUGACAGGGGACAAACCAGAGACUGCAGUGAACGUGGCGUAUUCGGCGCAGCUCUUCACACCAGCCAUGCAGCUGCUGCAGCUGCAGGCGAGAUCGAAAUCCGUAGCUGAGACGCUUAUACAUGGUUACCUGGAGUCGGCGCGCAAAGAGCGUAUAAACAGUCAUUCGCAGCCGGGUAUGAUAGGCAUCGCGGACCCCGCCGGCAUAUACAACCGAGAUUCCACCGAGAGAGAUGCACAUAGGAUCGGUAGCCCAUGGCCACGACAACGCGCGCUUGUUGUGGACGGCAAGACGUUGACCGUGAUUCUAGAUCCGCGAUCGGGUUUAACAGGUCCGUUCCUCGAGCUCACGAAAAUGUGCUCUAGUGUCUUAGCUUGUCGCGCCACGCCAUUGCAAAAGGCAUAUAUAGUCCGCAUUGUUAAAAAACAGUUGGGAAUGAGGACGUUAGCAAUUGGCGAUGGUGCGAACGACGUUAGCAUGAUACAGACCGCCGACGUAGGCGUUGGUAUUUCAGGACAAGAAGGCACGCAAGCGAUAUUUUGCGGCUUUUCCGGUACCGUAAUGAUAGACCAAAUAUAUUUAAUGCUGUACAACUUACUAUUCACUUCGCUGCCGCCUCUCGCUUUAGGCAUCUAUGAUCGAGUCGCCAAAGCUCGCAUAUUACUUGCAGCACCGGAAUUAUACACAAGAGGACGUUUAGGACUAGUGUAUCAGUCGUAUUCGUUUUGGCUCACGAUCAUGGACGCUCUUUACCAAAGUGUCGUCAUAUUUUUUAUUACCAAAGAGGUUUAUGACGAUUCGAUUAUUGACAUAUGGGAAUUUGGGACGACUAUUAUGACAUCGUGUAUCGUUGUCAUGCUAGUUCAUGCUGCUAUAGAAACUAGAUCUUGGACUAUAAUCCAUAUUGGUGCCAUCUUCGGUUCCUUGGGCAUUUUCUUUGGAUUUUGCUUAUUUUACAAUGCUGUUUGCGUCAACUGCAUGGGUCUACCUGGGUCCUUUUGGAUAAUGGAACAAGCCUUUACACAUAUCACAUACUGGUUGACUGUGACACUUACUUCUGUUCUUGCCUUAAUGCCUAGGUUAGUGUAUAAGGCGAUACAAUCCACUAUCACACCAGAUGCUAUGCACAUUGUCACGCGGCAAGUCGCCACGAAAAGCGACGGUCAAAUACGUCGGCAACGUAUUAGCAGUCAAAGGGGCGAAAUCAAUUUUAUUGCUGGAUGGUCGCGUUCCUCGCAACACGCUACUAUUAGACCCAGUAGCUACGGAAGUAAAAGCAACGCUCUCACGACUAUCGUCGCAUAACAGGUACAAUCGGAUGAAGUGUGUCCAUCUCGUUAACCGAGAAAAUCAAUCGAUCACCGAAAAAGGGGGAAUGAUUUUUCACUAUUCAGAUUCUCCUCAAAAGCCAUGCCGUUCCUUCAUCGAUUAGAGGAGAAUCUUCUGA